UCGCUGCCGCCGGGAUCACGUGAGAUUGUAUAAAACGGGGGCACGUGCUCUCGUCGUCCUCGCUCAUUUUGAAGGUGAAGUCUUCGCAGUUCUUCGUCCUCCAUCAUCUCUCCCUCAGCCUGAAGAUGUCGACCGUGUCUGCAGCCAGCCUGGAGUCUGCUCAUGUGGCUGAGAGCACUGAGCAGAAGAAGCCACUGAAAGCAUGCUGUGCUUGUCCAGAGACAAAGAAAGUCAGGGAUGCUUGCAUCAUUGAAAAGGGAGCGGAAGGCUGCUCAGAGCUGAUCGAGGCACACAAAGAUUGCAUGAGGGCACUUGGAUUCAAGAUUUAGCUACUCCAUUUGUUUGUGUGUGUGUUGCAGUGAGUGGAAGAAAACCCUGGCUCCCCCCCCUCUUAUUUAUACCUCAACAAGAAGGGAACUGUAGAAAUGAUGGAUUUAGACUGGGAUGGUUCGACCUGUGUGGGAAUGUUUUUUAAUGUGAAAACCUAAACUGCUGUGUGUAUGAUUAAAUAAAAGUUCUAUGCAAUAAAUGUUGUCCGUUAAAUCUA